CGGGUUGGGGUCGGGGGGCGUUGCUCCGCCGGGGGAGCCCCUCCCGCCAGCCCCGGACACAGCAGAUGGCGGCGCUGAGGAGAGCGGCGGCGGCGGAGCGCGCGGGCCCCGGGCUCGGCUACAGCAGUGUGCAGAAAAACAGAUUGAAGCGAGAACCACGGUGGACAUGGCUUCGGAUUAUGCUGCUGGUGCUGGGCAGUAUCUGUGGAGCCUGGCUCUUUGACUAUUUGUACAAUAACAAUGACCUCAUGGAAGUAUUUGCACGUCAGACUGAGAUUUUGGACGGAAAGGUGGUUGAGGUGCAGUGCUCUGAGGAUUACGAUAGUUACCAAAGGUUUGCAGGCUGCACUCCAGUGAAGUGCGGGCGGGCAGUGACGGACAGUGUGGUGAACAGAGAAGAGGCAGAGAAGAUGCUGAGUAUAGCGAGGAGAGGCCUGUCGCUGGGAGGCUCAGAUGGUGGUGCCUCGAUUCUUGACUUGCAUUCUGGAGCCCUGUCCAUGGGAAAGCAGUUUGUUAAUAUCUAUCGGUACUUUGGAGAGAAAGUGAAAGAGCUGUUUACUGCAGAAGACUUUAGAUUAUACAGUGAGCUGAGAUGGCGAAUUCAGCAAAGAGUAGCAGAGACGUUUGGGAUUGACCCGAAUGUCCUGCACCUGACAAAACCCACCUUCUUCUCAAGGAUGAACAGCACUGAGGCCAAGACAAUGCAUGACGAGUACUGGCACCCACACAUUGAUAAGGUAACAUAUGGAUCAUUUGAUUACACCUCACUGCUGUACCUCUCGGACUACAAGGCUGACUUUGGUGGGGGACGGUUUGUGUUUGUUGAUGAACAUGUCAACAGCACAGUAGAGCCUAGAAAAGGCCGGAUUUCCUUCUUCACGUCUGGUUCAGAGAACCUGCACUAUGUGGAAAAGGUGGAGAGGGGCACCCGCUACGCCAUCACCGUCUCCUUUACCUGUGACCCUGCACAUGCUGUCGACGACCCCACCUUACCGUGAGCGUACCGGAAACCUACCAGCUCCCAUCCCAACAACAUCUACAACCCACCACCGACCAAAGUCACAUUAACAUCAGCAACAGGACUGAGAGCGGAGGAAACAACACGUCUCCCUGCGGCACACAGACUUCAGAGACCAAUGUGUCCCUGUCUGUCCGCUCCGGGGAAUGUCACAAUAAAGGCAUUAACCAGUACCACAGGA